AUGGAAGCGGGAAGAGCUGGACAGAAUAGGAGUUCGUCUUCAGCAUGGCUUAUAUUUUCCUUCGUUUCACGAAUAUUCAUCGAAGCAUUCACUAUGACAUUUGUAGCUGAAUGGGGUGAUCGAUCUCAGUUAACCACUAUCAUCCUUGCGGCUCGAGAAAAUAUAGCCGGAGUUAUCGGUGGAGGUAUUCUCGGUCAUGCCAUAUGUACAGGAAUAGCA